AUGGCGAACACAAAUACGCCCCUCAGCGCUGCAGCGCGCUUUCGCGCCAUGCUGAGGGAGGACCGCACCAUCGUCUCUCCUGGCGUGUACGAUGGUCUCGGCGCCCGUGUCUGUCUCCAGAACGGCUUCGACACGCUGUACAUGACGGGCGCGGGAACCGCAAUCUCGACCCUAGGCAUGCCCGACCUCGGCCUCGCGACCGCAGACGACAUGGUGCGAAACGCGGCGAUGCUAGCGAGCUUGGACCGGAAUGUGCCCGUCAUCGCGGACGCGGACACGGGAUACGGCGGACCAGUCAUGGUUGCGCGAACUCGCUACAUCCUCGCUGGAGUUGCCGGGCUGCACCUCGAAGACCAGGUCAUUGCGAAGCGCUGCGGUCACCUUGGCGGAAAGGAGCUUGUGGACGAGGCGACAUUCCUUGCCCGCAUUCGCGCGGCCGAUGCGGCGCGGAAGAAGGUCGGCGACAUUGUUGUUAUCGCGCGCACGGAUGCGCUGCAGUCUCUCGGAUUCGACGCCGCAAUCGACAGAUUGAAGAAGGCAGUCGUUGCUGGCGCGGACAUGGCGUUCCUCGAGGGCAUGACGAGUAAAGAGCAGAUGGAGCGGGCAGCUAAGGAGCUGGUGAGUUCACCCGCCGAGAAUGCAUAUGCUGAAGACCAGGCUCCCACGCCCUGUCUCCUGAACAUGGUCAAUGGAGGCGUGACGCCGCUCAUUGAUGCGAAGGAGGCCCAGCGCAUGGGGUACAAGUUCGUCAUCUGGCCCAUCUUCGCGCUCAUGAGUGCAUUCAACGCCUAUGAUGCUGCUGCCAAGGAACUGAAGAAGACUGGGUUCCUGAAGGAUCAGGGCGAUGAGAGCGGGGUCAGGGGGGGCGUGCGGGAGGUGUUUGAGCUGUGCGGGAUGAGCGAAUGCGUCCGCUUCGACGAAGAGAUGGGCGGGAAGACGUACAGCAAUGGUGUCUACAUGCAUAAGAUCUGCGCUGGGCACGUCUUGGCUAUACUAACCGUCUCUCAUCCCGCUGGUGAAUCGCACAACAGCACGACGGCGAUCCGGGACGAACCUCAAAGGUGGAGGGCAGGCGGCAUUACGUGCACCUCAAGCUGUACAUACGGUGUCUUGCCGAUCCGAUAG